AUGGGCAAGACAAAGGACACCAAGGCCGUCAAGGCCAAGGCUACCCCCGUGAAGGCUGCCGCGCCUGUCAAGGCCGCUGCGGCGAAGGUCGACAAGUCCAAGGGCACCGCGAAAAAGGUCGUCAGCAAGAAGUCCAAGAAGGUCGAGUCCGAGUCGGAGAGCGAUUCUGAUAGCGAUUCCGCCUCCGAGGUCAGCGACAGCAGCUCGGAGGAGGCCAGCGACUCGGAGUCGGACGUUGAGAUGGCUGAUGCCCCCAAGGCCGCUCCCAAGGCCGCCGCCACUAACGGCAAGGCCAAGGCUGCUAAGGACAGCUCUGACUCCUCUGAUGAGUCCGGCUCCGAUGAAUCCGACUCCGAUGAGUCUGAGUCUGAGGAGGCGGAAGAGGAGAAGCCUGCCCCCAAGGCCGCGAAGGCGAACGGCAAGGCCAAGAAGGCCGAGUCUGACUCGGAUGAUUCGGAUGAUUCUGACGAGGAUGAGGAUGACUCCAGCGACUCUGGCUCUGACGACUCCGACUCCGACUCCGAUGAGGAGGAGUCCGCUGAUGAGAAGCCCGCCGUUGCCGAGAAGCCCUCGAAGAAGAGGAAGGCUGAGGAGGAGCCCGAGGCUGCUGAUGCCUCUGCCAAGAAGACCAAGUCCGACGGCGAGGAUUCUGAGAAGAGCGCCACCUUGUGGGUUGGCAACCUCGGCUGGGGUGUUGAUGACAACGCCCUGUACGAGGAGUUCCAGAGCAUUGAGGGCAUCGUCAGCGCCCGUGUCGUCAGCGAUAAGGAGACCGGCCGCUCGCGUGGUUUCGGCUACGUCGAUUUCGACAGCGCCGAGGCUGCUCAGAAGGCCUACGAUGAGAAGAGCGGCGCCUUCCUCCAGGGCCGCGACCUGCGCCUUGACUUUGCUUCCAAGCCCAGUGCUGAUUCCGCUCCCAAUGCUCGUGCCGCCGACCGUGCCAAGAAGCAUGGCGAUGUCAUCAGCCCCCCGAGCGACACCCUCUUCGUUGGCAACCUGCCCUUCAGCGCGGACGAGAGCUCCGUCUCCAACUACUUCAACGAGGUCGCUCAGGUCCAGAGCCUUCGUAUUCCCACCGACCAGGAGUCUGGUCGCCCCAAGGGCUUCGCCUAUGUCACUUUCUCCUCAAUUGAUGAUGCUAAGAAGGUGUUCGAGGCUCUGAACGGCGGCGAUCUGGAUGGCAGGCCCGUCCGUCUGGACUAUGCUAAGCCCCGUGACAACAACGGCGGUGGUGGUUUCGGUGGCGGCCGUGGUGGUGGCCGUGGUGGCUUCGGUGGUCGUGGCGGUGGCCGCGGCGGGUUCGGUGGCCGUGGUGGCGGUGGUGGUUUCGGCGGCGGCCGUGGCGGUGGUCGUGGUGGUGGUCGCGGCGGGUUCGGCGGUGGCCGCGGUGGUGGCAGUGGCUUCCAGGGCAAGCGGACCACUUUCUAA